GAGAGAGAGAGAGAGAGAGACGACCUCAUCUGCGUGGAGGAAAGCGCGCGUUCAGGCAUUUUGCGAAUUCUCAGCAUCUCCAGUUGAAAUUCCUUCGUUGGGGGAUAGCCAGGGGUACCGCUGUGGUCCGCGCGCAACGGGUUAUAUCGGUUCGUGAUCAGCGUCUGGAAAGGGGCAUAUGAUUGCGAUGCCACAGCUGGAAUAUAAAGGAGUGGCUGACGUUUGGAAUUAAUAAUGUUUUACUACAGACAUUUAUUGUCCAGCUGAAACAACAUUGUAAGCGCAGCGCAUGAGUGCCAAAUCGUGGCAAAUCGUUAUGGAUGAAAAUGCUCUCCUUGUGUCCAAACUGUUCAUCGUGGGCAUCUUAAUUACUACUGUGAUGACAAGUGGGUUGUCAGCCACAGAGAACACGAAGAUAGAGGACCCGGCGAGGGCUCCAGCUGACCGGUGCAACGAGUCGGCUCUGCUGGGCGACAUGGAGAAGUGCGCGGAUGAUUUCAAGGGCGACAUGGCGCUGAUCGAUCCGCGGAACUGGUGCAACCUCACGCACUUCAUCAGGGAGUACAACUACUUCUCCGCCUGCACGGAGACCAAGGCGGUGCUCAUGGGCUGCUAUUGGCCCAACCCGCAGGUGGAGGGCUACAUCAUCCACGUGCACCGGCGGUUCUUCUCCAACUGCACGGUGGACCACGCGGUCCUGGUGGACCCGCCCGACGACACGCUCACCGUCCUCAUCGCCGUGCCCGUGCUGCUCACGCUGCUCAUGAUCACCCUGGUGGUGUGGCGCAGCAAGCGCAGCGACAUCCUGGCCUGAGAGAGAGAGUGUGUGUGUGUGUGUGUGUGUG